AUGGAUAGUCUUCUUCCCAAAGAUAUUUUUCUUGAAAUUCUUUUCCUACUACCCGUCAAAUCUCUCCUCCGUUGCAAAUUUGUAUGCAAAUCAUGGAGAUCUCGCAUCUCAGACCCUGAUUUCGUAAAGCAGCACAUCGCGAGAACAACAAACAACCCUAAUAAUGACUUAUUCAUCGCUUACGAUGAAUUUAAUCUCUUUCUUUCUGUCAUCGACGUAACCAUCGACCGGUCUACAAGAUUGAACCGCCGUAUCGACAAUUUCAGUCAUAUUGUUGGAUCAUGUAACGGCUUGCUUUGCCUUGCUGACAAAGCCAAGGAACUAUAUCUUUGGAACCCCGUUACGAGACAAGUGAAAAACAUGCACGGAUACAAGUACAUCGUUGGAGAGAACUCUGCUGAUUAUGGCGUGGCUUUCGGGUUUGGUUUUGAUCAUGCGAGCAGUGACUACAAGGCGGUGAGGAUUGUACAGAAAAUCAAUGUGAUCAACGUCAUCAAUCGAGUUGAGCUGUAUUCACUCAAGGAGAAUUGUUGGAAGGAAAUCAAUGCGAAGUUAGAUUUCGGACUUAUUGAUAAGUCCCGUGGUAAAGUAACUAGUGUGAAUGGAUCGAUUUAUUGGUUAGCACGAAAGAGAAUGGAUGACUCUGGGCUUGUGGUGCUUUCCUUUGAUGUGCAAAGCCUGAAAUUCGGCACGAUUCAGUUUCCUGAUGAUCUUUCCGUGUUGCCUUUCUAUUGGCGGAGAAAUUACGAUGAGUUUAGCGUUUUGCAGUUUAAGGAAUAUGUUGCCCUUUGUUAUAGUUUGGAUCUAGGAGGAUGCGUGGUGAUUUAUACGCUGCUUGAUGGCAAUUGUUGGUGUAAGAAUAUGACUGUUAGACGUUUAGAUUAUUUAGUAGGAUGUUUGAAGACGGGUGAACUCAUUGGAUUGAAAUAUCGUUAUGAUGGUCGGAGAAACGGGUAUCACGAGGAUGUAGUCUUAUAUGACUCGGUGAAUGAUGUGGCGAAAUCCAUUCAACCAAUACCGAGUGGAAGGAGAACACUGUACCAUUAUACCGAGAGUCUGUUAGAUCUGAAUUAA